CGGAGGGUAAGCGCAGCAGACAGGGGCUCCGUGAGGUGCCAAGAGCCUCCAAGACGAUGGAGAAUCCAAUGAAUCUCAGACGGCAGCAAGGCGACUUCCUGGUUCCGGGUUGCCAGGGAGCCCUGUUGUCCCCUACACGCUUUCCUGCUUCGGGGCAAAAUCCUUCUCAAAGCCCCCGACGCGCCGGGCGAUCCUUCGCGGAGGCUGAGCUUGAUGAACGUUCGUGCUGCUGACUGCCGGAGAGGUAUUGCGGCCGCUCUGGCCGAAUCGUAAGUUAGUAUAUAAAGUCAAAAUGGCUUUCCCGGUUUUCAGUAUCGUUGUUUUAGCAUCGCUGUCUUCAUCCGUUUUCUUUACUCGAGCACUGCAUCGUUGGUUGUGCGUCCCCUUUCUUUCGUACUUUCGAUACCCAGGCCACCCCAUAUGAAGGCUUCACUCCUGGCCGUAGCGGCCGGGCUCCUUGCCCAGGCAGUGCCAUCUGUAUCGCAGCUUCUUGGUGGGGGAGCCUUGCACGGGAGGCCGAGGGGCAUCAAGCAACAGACCCAUUCCGACCCUGAUCUGGUCAAAAAUGGCACAUUCGACCAACUCCUAGACCACAACGACCCUGGCAAGGGCACAUUCAAGCAGAGAUAUUGGUGGGAUGCCUCGGAGUGGGGAGGCCCCGGCUCUCCCAUCUUCCUCAUGAACCCCGGAGAGACGGCCGCCGACGGAUAUAAGGGGUACCUCGAGGAUGGCACAAUCACGGGCCGCUACGCAAAAGAGUUUGGCGGAGCAGUGAUUCUCAUCGAACACAGAUACUGGGGCAAAUCGAUCCCCUUCGCCGAGCUGACGGCCGAGACUCUGCAAUACCUCGACCUCCCGCAGUCCAUCUUCGACAUGACCUACUUUGCGACCCACGUGCCGCUUGAGUUCGACGACUCCAACGGCGGCGCCAACGCGCCCGCGUCCCCGUGGAUCCUGGUCGGCGGCAGCUACUCGGGCGCGCUGGCGGCGUGGACGUCCAUCAUCGACCCGGGCGUGUUCUGGGCGUACCACGCCAGCUCGGCCGUGGUGCAGGCCAUCGGGGACUUCCACGCCUACUUCGACGCCGUCGAGCGCGCCAUCCCGCGCAACUGCAGCGCCGACGUCAGGGCCGUCGUCGCGCACGUCGAUGCCGUGCUCGCCGCCGCCGCCGACGACGACGACGAUGACGCCGCCAUCCUCGAGCUCAAGGACAUGUUCGGGCUCGGCCACCUCGACCACCACGACGACUUCGCCGCCGGCGUCGCGGACCCGAUGGGCGCGUGGCAGAACGACCCGGAUGCCGUCUUCGAGUUUUGCGACGAGAUCGAGACCUCUGGCGGCAGCACCACCAGCGCGGCCGGCGUGGGGCUCGAGCUGGCCCUGCCCGCCUACGCGGCGUACAUCAACCGGACCGUCGCGGCGCGAUGCUCUCAGACGGGCGAGUGCGACACCUACUCGGACGCCAUCGACUGGGACCAGCCGACGUACCUCGACGGCGACCGGCAGUGGCAGUGGAUGCUCUGCCACAACCCCUUCGGGUGGUGGCAAGUCGGCCCCCCCGCGCCCGGGGCCGACGGCCAGCAGCAGCACGUGGUGUCGUCGUUCCUCCGCCCGGACCACUACGAGCGCACCUGCCCGCUGCAGUUCCCCGAGACCAACGGCUUCGUUCCCGGCAUCACGCGGGGGUUCACGCCGGCGCACCUGAACCUGUACACGGGCGGCGGCUGGGACGCCGACUUCCGGCGCGUGCUCUUCGUCAACGGCGAGUUCGACCCCUGGAUCGAGGCCACCGUCAGCGCCCGCCGCCGGCCCGGCGGGCCGCGCAACUCGACCGGCGACGGCGACGCGCCCGUGUUGGUCAUCAGGAACGGGAUGCACGCGCCCGAGCUGGUCAUCAACGACGUCCCCGAGGAGCUGUCCGUCCUGCCCGACCAGAUCGCCGUCAUGGAGAGGUGGCUUGGCGAGUGGGUGGCCCCGUCCUCGUCGUCGUCGUGAGGGGGAUGAAAAAUGUCUUUUUUUCAAGAGAGGGGGGUGGGCGUUUGUGCUUUGGCAGGGUUUGCGUUAUGCUUUGUCUCAAUCCAGCGGCAUUAGUGAUUACUUGGAUCGCAUCGUCAUGAUACCAUUUUCAGGAGUCUGUAUCCGUCUAUACAUAGAACUUCUACAUCAAUUGGGACAUAAACUAUUCCUGCGUUCCAUGUUUCUAGAAAACGGUAUGGAUGGCAGCAGCAGCAUUGUGGAAUCCCAGGAGCUCUCCCCCAAAUUAUCCUACACCCUGGGAGUAAUGGAUCUCUCACUCGGAAUGAGGAUGACGUCCAGUUUAAUCCCGGUGAUCGAGGGGCCUAGCGAUCAUCCUCGGAAGAGACAAUUAAGCGGC